AUUCCCGCGAAAUUCAACAUUUCCUUAAAAAAAUAUGUCAAAAAAAAUAAUUUCCUUGAAUUUUAAAAAACUUUUGUGAAAAAGAAAUUAGAAAAGAAAAUGGUUCAUCUUCUUUGAGAAAUUGAGAAAGGGUUAAAGAAAGGGUUCGAGAAAGGGUUACAGAAAUUGAGAAAGGGUUAGAGAAAGGGUUCAUCUUCUCGCGGUUUUGCAAAUCACACUUUCGCGACGCAGAUCCCUGCCUCCCUUUCUCUUCUUUCACGUUAGAUUGCAGCAUUCUCUUCUCUGAUUGCAACAUUCUCUUCUCUGAUUUCUGUGUUGCUGAGAUCCCUGCCUCUCUUUCUCAGACAAUAUCGCUGAUUCCUCUUCUUUCGCGUUAGAUUGCAGCAUUCUCUUCUCCGAUUUCUGUGUUGGUUAAAAUGUUUGCUAUGAAUUUGAAGAAUCGGGUGGUAUCGGGAGCAGCUAACAUGUAUAGCUAUUUGGGGGCAUCUAGAUCCCUUGUUGGCUCAGCAUCAUUGGCACAAGAAGAAUGUUCGCAGACAAAACUUUUUUGUCAAGAAUUGAAAAAUGUGAACAUUGCUGCUCAUGUGCUGACAUGUAAGAAAGAGGACGGAGGAGGACUUUGCAGUGUCUUUUUAUUGCCAGUUACCCAUAAACAUGAGACCUCGAUACGAGAGGCGACUUACUUAGCUGAACGCUUCAGACCAAAAUACCUGUUCCUUGAAAUGGAUGAUAUGCGCUAUAGGAGACUCGGAAAGAAAAAGGAAAGAUGUGAAUUUCAUGCUGUAGUUGAAGUAUCGAAGUCUUUCAAUUCAGAUUGUGAAGUGAUAUGUGGAGACAUAGCGAACGAUGACAUGAUGCUGGUGCAGCGCAAGCUGUAUAUGGAGCGUUUAAAGAAAUUUCCGUUUUCAAAUCCGAGUUAUCAGUAUCAGCGGGCUUGUCAAACAGUGGUGGGCAAUGUUCGCGACAUUUACUUGUUCAAUCGAUUAUGGAAGCAAGCACAAGAAAAAGGAACAUUAUUCGCUAUGGUAGGAGUGAAUCACAUUUUUGAGAUUGUCCAUAUGUGGCAUCUCAAGAAAUUGGGCAAUAUGGCUGCAACUGCAAAAUACACGGAGUUGGUUGAAUUUUGUAAAGCGGCGGGUGCUGAUAAGGGUAGCCACUUUACGGAAGUAUUAGCCAGUUAUCCAAAUAUCUCUGAUAACCUCCGUCCCUUCAGCAAAAAAUAUGCCAAAGAUUAUGUCAAGAUAUGUGAGAGUUAAAAAAGAGUUUAUGUGUUUUGAUAUUUAAAAAGAGUUAACAUACCAAAGAUUUAUUUGAGUUUUGAUAUGCCAAAGAGUUUCUGCGUGUUUCACUUGGAGAAGAUGAAUGCGUUUUUUGUUUUUAUGUUUUACAGCUUCCUUAAAUUCCAAUUUUGCUUAUGAGUAAAAGUUUGUAAAAAAAAACUCUAGGGUAAGGAUUUUACUCCUUCCUGCGCAAUUCAAUAGAGUGCAUAUACCUAUGCCUUCUCAA